AUGCCUAAGCAAUUGAGACAAGUAAGCGUCAAAAAACUGGUAAAAGAUGUGUUGCCAGAGGUGGAUUAUUUGCAUAAUCCGAAACAAGAUAUAGCUCCCGAUUCCACUGAACAUUUCUAUUUUGAGUUGCUUAGUGAGGCUGAUCUUAAGUGAGUGAAGAAAAACAAACAGAUUUGAUUAUGAAGCAGUGUGUUUUAGAUUGACCGAAUCGGAUAAUGAUCGAACUGAUGAUGAUGAAACCAUUGAUAUUGAAAAUGUUGAUUCGGAUGUUCCACAUCGAACAGAAGUUGAUUCAAUGGUGGCUGCAACAGAUAUUGUAUCAAUUAUGACACGAUCUACAGAUGCAACUGAUGAGGAAAAUGAUUUUUGGACGAGUUUGAAGAGGUUUGUAAACAUCUAUUGAUUUCUGACCACUUCUGUGAGAAUCUUAUGAAUCCCAGGAGAAUUUCUAUGGAACAAAGUUUGUUUCUGUACAGUUUUUCACACUGAAAAAGAUCAUGUUUUUAGUUUUUGCAAAGCGACUCUCUGAAGAGCCCAAAAUGAGCCAGAAGUUGAGAAUUUUCUGAAAAAUCCCGUUUUUGAGAGCCCGUAACUGAUGCUAGAAAAAUUUGUCUCCUGAACAUCGCUUCAGGGGCGAAAUUUUCAGAAAAUUCUCAACUUUUGGCUCAUUUUCGGGCUCAGCAAAAACGGAAAACAUGUUCUUUUUCAGCAUGAAAAACUGUGCCUCAUUAAAAUUCCCCUCGUGAGGAUAGAUUUUGAAAUAUUUUGAAAAAUAGUUCCACAAAAAUGUCAUUUUCAGAAUGGCAAGCCAGCAAUCACAACAACACUUGAAGUUGCUCGAAGUUAUAUUUGAUUUGAUCAAAUCUCAAUACCUUUUUGAGAGUUCACCAUCUGCUAAAUAUGUUGAUAUGUAAGAAUUUAGUGUUUUUUAAACUUCAAUAUAUGAAAUUUUCAGAAAAGUUGCAAUGAUGAAUGUGACGCAAGAAAAUGCCCAAAGGUUGUUACAUUAUUCAACAUUUUAUUCUGCUCCACAUAGAGAUGCGUGUUUAUGGGUUCACAGAUCUUUGGUUGAAAAUCUACCUAUUCACUUCUUGGCCCCAUAUUUGACGUUGUUGAGAUUCGCAAAAUCGCUGGUUAGUUAUCUGGGAAGAAUUUGGAUAUGAUGAUUUUUUUACAGAAUCCAUCUUUAAUCGAAUAUAUUGUAAAGCAUCAGAUGGAUUCACUGACUUGGGGAAAAGUUUCGAAUAUUAUUAUGAAUUUUGUUUCCAAAAAUAGUGAAGAUUUGGAUGAAGAUCCUAUUGAUCCUGAAGUCAAGAAAAACUGGAAAAAGGAUGUUAUAUUUCUACUUUUAUUGCCAAAUUCAAAGUCCAACAAAACACUUUUCCAAUGGCUCGAAAAAUUUGGACACCCGAAGUCAGAAUUUAUUCAACCUGAAAUCGGAGAUAGUCAUGAAUCAGCAAUGGUGAUUGGGAAUAAGUUCAUCGACAAAAUUUGUGGGAAGGUAAUUUUUGAGAAAGAAAAGAAGCAAAACAUUAUUUGAAUUUUUUUUAGAUCGAGCAAAAAAAUCGAGAACAUGUUGAUACGAGAAUUGUGCUGGUUGGACAUGGAUGGACCACUUUUGCAGCACAUUUUGCAGCCAAUCUUGUCCAAGGAAUCUCAGCGAUCAUUUCACUUGGGUUUCCAGUUGUUGGGAAAUUUGGUGUGCGUGGUGGAAUUGAUGAUUGCAUGUUGAGAACAUAUUGCCCAACGCUUUUUGUUGUUGGAUCGGAAGGCAAGCAUUUCGAGAAAUCUGCGAUGGACAAAUUGAGAUCGGGGAUGCAACGUAAGUUAACUUUCUAUGAAACCCUGUAUUCUUUCUGAAACCCUGUAUUUUCAAGCAGAAUUAUGUUUUCUUUCUAAAUCUAAAUAUUUUUAAUUUCAGAUUUCACUGGACUUGUCAUUUUGAAUCAUGCUAGUGAUGAUCUCAUCGUAUCGUCAAGAAUUCUUUCCCGUUUCGGAAUGACUCAAAAUGCAGUAUUCCGCAUGAUUUUUGAUAAAAUAAUCGAAUUUCUCGAUUUGGAUUCCACUCAUUGCGAUCGAUCGAAAUUGAAGCCAAUGGAUUCGAAUAAUGUUUGGCAAGCUGAUCCGGAUAAUUUGAAAAAAGAUGAUAGACCGUCGAAACUCAUGAAACCAGCGGAACAAAAGAUUGUGCAUGCAAAACCAGCAAAUGAUGAAGUAGUUUCGAAAAAACGGAGAGUGUGAGUUGUUCUUCAAAUAAUCUGAAUCUCAUUUUCAUUUUGUUUUUUCCAGAGAUCAGGUUUCGGAAUCUGGCGAUCAUCCAUCUCCAAGUUCUUCACGCAGAUAUUCUCUUCGAUCAUCUGCAACUCAAAAAUAUGGCCUCUCCGAUUCUGGCGCAUCACAAACAACUCAAGAUUCUACAAAGUGA